AGCCUGGGAGAGGCAAGAGCAGUGGAAGAAGCAGAGGAAGCAGAACCUUCCCUACGGCCACCCCUAGGACCACCCAGCCCAGUCAUGAAGAAAGGGUUAGCAGUGCUGACAAUACUUGUCUUCUCUGCCGUAAUUUUGAGCUGCUAUAGUGGUAUAAUGAAUAAGACAUUGGUAGAUGUCAGCAGAUACCCACUCCAUGUCACCACAGAAACUUCCAUCAUCCUCCCAACCAGCCAUGCCUCCCAUGACACUGACCAAACAGGAGAGACAGACAGCCACACCACUGCCUCCAUCUGGCAAAUAACCGAGGCAACCCUGAAAACAAUGGCCACCCAGUCAAUGGGGGCAAGCACAAAGUCAGCUGCUCCAACAACCCUCACUGAUGGAACUACAAAGGUCCCACAAGACAGCACCCAAACCACAACCACCGUGAAUACAGAUACCCCAGGUGCUCCUGGAUCAUCCACCCCCACCCCUAGCACAGAAUGGUCAAGCACAUCCAUGGCCCAUACAACCAUGGCAGCUCAGUCAACAGCUGGUCACACAACCUUAGGAAUGGCUUCAGUAACAACCCCACCAAACAACCAAACCUCCCUGACAACACCUGGAACUGCAACCCCAGACAAAGGAAAGACCACCCAGGCUAUCAACACAACUACACACCAUGUCACUGCUACUACUUCAUCCAUCACGACAACUGCGGGGCCCACUCUUGUUCCUCGGCCAUCAUCCCCUCAAACCGGGAGUUAUCUGGUUUACAAUGGAAGUAGGGCAUGCAUGAAGGCUGACAUGGGAGUACAGCUGUUCAUUCAGGACAAGAUGUAUCCUUCAUCUCAAAUGUACUUCAAUCUCAACCCCAACAUGACUCGAGCAUCAGGGAGCUGUGGCCCCCAGAGAACCAACCUUCUCCUGACUUUCCCAGGUGGAUUUGUGAACUUGACCUUCGUGAAGGUAAAACAGUCAUAUCAUAUAGAAACAGUGGAGGCCUCUUUGACCGUCACAGCCUUAGCGAAAAUCUACAGGGGCCUGAAAGGUGGGCUGACAAUGUUUGAGACCAAGGUGGGGCACUCUUUCAAGUGUACCAGUGAACAGACUCUUGAGUUGUCAUCCUCUCUCCAGUUGCACACCGUUGAUGUCCAGCUCCAAGCCUUUGAUUUUGAUGGCGAACACUUUGGGAAUGUGAUCGAGUGCACAUCCGACUACACAAUUAUGAUUCCAGUGAUCAUUGUGAUCAUCAUUUCUGUCUGCCUCCUGGCCUUGGCUUUUUGUGGAAUUCGUCUGAGGCGAAAAUCAUUGGGAUACCAGAGGAUCUAGUCAAUAUAAAGAAUCCCAGAAAAAAUGAAAGGGUUUGGAAUUCCUUUAUUAUCUGCAAGACCUUAGAGAAUACUUUUGUAGUAAGUUCUUAAAGUAACAUUCAUUGCUGUGGUCUCAUACCCCAGCAUUUCCCAAUUUUAUCCAGGCCACUAUUCAGUAGAAGAGAGAAAAAAUGUUUAUGGUUUGGUGGGAGGAGAGGGCAAGAGGAGGGGGGAGGUGCAUUGCGACAAGAUUUAAUUGGUCAUUGAAGGGCACUAAUUGGUUUCCCCAGUAAAAGGCAUUUCAUCCAAAGGAAACAAGAGCACCAAAAUAACAAAAUACUUUCUGAAAUGGAACAAGCCUUUUGCCCCUGUCAGUCACAUGGUUGGCUGUUAAAGGGGCCUGCACUGUCUAUUAUUUGUUAGUUUUUUUAUUUGUUUGGGAGAUGUGGCCUCCUUGGCCAGAAGUUAGAUGUUCUUUUUUGUCUUUGACAUUAUCAAAGUAUUUUUCCACU